AAAAGGUAAACGUUAACAAGGAGGAAAAGGAAGCGUGGAUAACUUGACCAAGCUGAAAAAAUGAAUAACCUUGACCCAGAAGAUGCCAUAUUCCUGGCUGAUGCGUUCCUGGACGAGUGCAAGGUGGAUCAGCAUGGACACACUGAAGGAGGGUCAAAGCAAUCCACAAAGCUGUGCGUUUGGCUUGAUGAGGACAAUGGUCAACCUCUGCCAAAAAGAUGUAGAGCUGGGGAGAGACGAAAGCGAAAUUCGGCUAACGUUACUGUUUCUUCAGCAAGCGUUCCCUCCUGUGCUCCAUCUACCAGCACAACUGAGACACUACAAGACACUGUGACCAUCAAAAAUUUAGACUCCCUCAUUCAAGAUGUCAGAGACCUCUUGGGAAGUGGUGCUGAAAAACCUCUCCCCUCACAUUGGAGGGACAGGCAAACUUCCUCUCUGGAGAACUGGACAGUAAUAAGGCCCCUCAUGGUGAACAAUAUGUUAGCAUCUGAGAAGCCGAAGGAGGGGGUUUGCCAUCAUUGUGGACACAAGGCUGCAGUAGUGAUGUGUAGAGACUGUUUGCCACGAUCACUCUACUGCACAGCCUGUGACCUUUCCACACAUGAGGCCCUGGUGCUUCAUAACAGAGCAUCCAUGGUGGAGGGGUUUUUCAGACACCUGCCGCCAUCCACUUUUGUUCAGCAGGAUGAAGGAGGGAAAUUCUCCUAUUAUGAAAAAGAUUGCAUGUUACCAAUCGUUCCUCCCUGCUGCGACUGCUCCACUGGGCAAACAAGCUUUUCCAGGGGAAAGCCAGUUAUUUUAGUUGGAAUGAACGAUAAUUGUUUUUCUUUGAAAUUUCAGGAAGAUACAACCUUUUCCUUCCAUCAGUAA